UAAGGAAUAUCGUAAUUUUCUUUUGAAAUUAGACAAUGUCGUGAGUUAUUCUACAGUGCAGGGUAUUUUUUUACAAUGUUAAAGUUGUUAUUAAAACACGAGCAGAUGGGCCUCGUGUUUGAGGUUAUGUAUUCAUUACGUGUCAUGUUACGUGUGAUCCGAAGAUUUUCUAGAAGCUAACGAAAUGUCUACUCUGGAAUACUCAGAAGCGUCUACUUGCAUUAAACCAUCCCUUAGAAACAUCCACAAAUGUGAAAUGUGCCCAUUCUUCACAACUUCGAUGUUUCUUAUGAUAAAUCACGUCCGACGCCAUCAGUCUUCAACAAUAUUUGACUGUGAAACCACGAAAAUCGAAAUUUACGACUGCAAAGACUGCAAUUUUCAAACAGAGCUAACAAUCCUUUUCAAACUACAUAUUAAAGAGUAUCACAAUCGUAAAAAAGACCAAGAUUUAUCACGUUACAACGUUAAACGCUACAGCUGCGAAACGUGCAUUUUUGAAACACAUUUCUCGUUGAAGUUUCUUCAACAUACUACAGCAUGUUUGAGAACAGGUUGUGGUACCAGAAAAAACAUUAAAUGUGACCAGUGUGACUACAAAGCCAACAAAAACUAUCUUUUACAACGACACAGGAUUUCCAAACAUUUGACAGACGACGAAAUCAGUUGGUACUACUGCGGAAAAUGUUCAUACAAAGCAAAACGCCGAGAAAGUUUGCAAGCUCACACGUAUGCCCGACAUACAGACGACCGGUAUAUACGAUGGCACGAGUGCAAAGUCUGUUCAUUCAAAAGUAAAGCUUCCGGUGCUUUAAAACGUCACCUAAUUCGACACAAUUUAGACCACGAUGAUACCACCUGGUACACCUGUGACCAUUGCUCCUUCAGAAGCAUACAUAAAACGAGUUUAACCAAGCACCUGAUCAUACGACAUUUAAAUAAGGAAGAUGUUGAAUGGCACGAAUGCGACUUGUGCCCGUACAAAGCCAAACUUAAGAAUAUGCUGAACCGUCAUGUACGGAGGCGGCAUUCAGAUGUUGAUGAUCCUAAAUGGUUUGAAUGCAACCUUUGUCCAUUUAAAACCAGUCGUAAGAUCAUUUUCAACAAUCACACGAAGAACAAGCACUUGAAUGGACAAGGCGUUAAAUGGUAUGAGUGUCAAAAAUGUCCACACAAAACGAAACGAAAAGAUCUACUAAAUUUUCACGUAAUUUCGCGUCAUUUGAAUGAGGAAGAGAUUAAAUGGCACGAGUGCGACAAGUGCCCGUACAAAGCGAAAAUUAAAGGAACGUUAAAAUCGCACAUAAAUAAAUGUCAUUCGGAUAAAUAAGUAUGCGGGUGUAUUGUUGGUUGCAUUUUAUUAGUGCUAUUGUGUAUAAAGUGUUGCCUAUAUAAUAUUGAGUCGAAUAAAAUUUUAUUUUUUUGAAUUUUUACACGUAGCGUGUGAUUAUAAUACAAAGUAUUGUUUAGUUCUUUGCAUUGUGCAUGUUUUAAUAUAAACGACGUACAAUGUUAUGAUUUUAUUUCUUUGCUUUUGACGCUAACUUUUGAGGUUAUGUUCACACAAAACGAAAACUGGACAGUCGUCGCUAAUGGAAGGCUUGGGGCGAUUUUCACACCCUGUCUGUAGCCUUAAAGUUGAAAAAUACACAAAUCAAAGCACACCGUCAAGCCUUUUUAAUUGCGAAGACGCACCCAUUGAAGUUUAUUUCUGCAAGGAACUGAAUUUCCAAACUUACCUGAAAGUCUUUUUGACGCAAAACUUCAACACUUGCCACAGCAUAAACAGAAACUACAUUCCGAGGUUGUAUACUUGUGACAAGUGCCGUUUUGAAAGCCAUUUCGCCUUGAAAUGGCUUCAACACAGCGUUUCGUGCUCUGAAACUAAAGAAAAACCAGCCAAAGUUACCUCUUUGGAUACGUGUGACCAGUGCGGUUUUACAACCAAACACAAAGCGUAUUUAAAAAGACACAUUGCUGCACAUUUUGUGGAUGAAAAAGACAUCACGUGGCACAAAUGCAGCCAAUGUUCGUAUAAAGCUAAGCACAAAGUGAGUUUGAGGAAUCACAUACAGACCCACCAUGUGGAUGAGAAGGAUGUUGAAUGGUAUGAGUGCACAAAGUGUCCAUAUAAAGCUAAGUUGAAGGUGAGGUUGCGCUACCACGAAAGAAAGACCCAUAAAUGUUAGCCUGUUUACUAUUAUUAAUAAAGAUUUUAAAUUUAACGUGUAUUGUGUGUUGCCUACCCAGGCGUGAAAAAUCAACAAUUGAGUCUUCUGCAUAAAUAAAACUGUGUUUUUCGAUUAUUACCGCUGCUAUAAGUAUUUGUAGCAAUUGCGUUCCAUUUUAGUGCCACUAAACACCAUUCAACGAAUUUCUUCAAACGAACUUAAUUUUUGAGGUUAUGUUUCCCGCCAGGUGAUUAAGUUAUGAAGUCCAAGUCGCUUCUGGAAUAUUCGGACAAGCUUCCGCUGAAAAAAUUUUACUUCACAAAAAUUUUUCAGAUGGUUAACCACCCCUUGGUCACACCAUUUGACUGCAAACACCCCGUCGAUGGCCACUAUUGCAAAGACUGCGACUUUCACACCAAUCUCACCGUAUUUCUGAAAACGCACGUCCAAGAAUAUCACACCAAAACCCAUCAAGAACCACUCAAACUUCAAGCUUACGUGUGCAGAAACUGCAACUUUGAAACCCACUUUGUGCUAAAGUGGCUCCAGCACAGCGCGACUUGUCUUCCAGUGAGAAACCACGCCUGGUUAAGAACUCUGAAUAAAGCGUACAACGACGCUGAAAAAAAAUCGUAUCAGUGCGACCAGUGCGAGUCCAAUUUCACAAAAAACUACUCUUUAAAAAAACACAAAAUAUCGAGGCACUUGAAAGACGACGAAAUCGAGUGGUAUCGGUGCGACUUGUGUCCCUACAAAGCCAAGCAGAAAGGCAAUUUGAAAACGCACAUUUUCACCCGACAUUUGGAUACACAGAACGAUGAAACGAAAGAGUGUAAGGUGCAUAAUUGUGACCAAUGUGACUACAAAACCAAGUACAAAUGUGCCUUAAAAGUACACAGAGUGACGAAUCAUUUGAAAGACGACGAAAUCCAGUGGUUUCGCUGUGACAAGUGCCCGUACAAAGCUAAACAAAAAUCGACUUUGAUAGGUCACUUCAGGAUUCGGCAUAUGGGUAGGAUGAGAAGCACGAAGUACGACGAAGGGGUGGAAUAUGUUCCUAAAUGGUUUCAAUGUGAUCAGUGUGAGUAUAAAUCGAACCAAGCGAGCGUGCUGAAAACGCAUAGAAUUAGAAAACACUUGAAAGACGACGAGGUGCGGUGGUAUAGGUGUGAACAGUGCUCCUACAAAGCGAAAAUUAAAAAAUAUCUUGUGGAUCACAUAGAGCUGAAACAUACCAGUGAACAAGAAGUUAAGUGGUAUCGGUGCAAAAAGUGUACUUUUAAAACUAGGUGGAAGAAAAAUAUGGAAACGCACGAUAUUAAUAAACAUUUGACUGAGAACAGUAUUCAGUGGUACACCUGUGAGCAGUGUGCGUAUAGAUCGAAGAUCAAAGGCAACGUGAAAACGCACGUCAUUAUCAAUCACUUGAGCGAAAGUGAAGUGCGGUGGUUUCAGUGCGAAAAGUGUAGAUAUAGAGCCAAGUUUAAGCAUAGGUUGAAUGCACAUGUUAGUAAUAUGCAUGGGAAGUGAACUUUAUUAAUAAAACAUGUAAAAUAA